ACGCCUCAAUCCUCUACGUCUAACACUGAACAGUUAGCAGUAGGAAGACGUGGAUUGUGGCCGCUUUUAUAGUGAGCUCAACCAGUUGCUGCUAUUUCAUGACAGUGUUCAUUUUAGCGUAGGUGUUCCUCGGCUGUGGGCUUGGUAUGUCAUGGAUUUUGACAUACAGACUUCAAAUGAUUAAGCAUUUGAUGCCUUUUAGCUUUAACCGUCUUGUUAGCCACACAUAACAGUCUCGCCUAUACUAACAGUAAGCCGCUCAAUAUGAUGGCUGAGAUCUGUAUAUCGAUCCCAACCGCUUGUGAUAUCAUCGCAACAAUUGCAAUGUGGUAUUUUCUUGAUUCUGUGGGGAGUGGCUUCAAAAAGACGGAUAGCACUGUCAAAUUUCUCAAAUUCCUUAUCCUUAAUCGUGGUUUACUCCUGGUGUCAACGCAAGGUGCUAUGUUGACUCUAUGGGUUGCAGCUCAGGAGUCCUGGUAUUGGUUGCCUUUCCAUAUGAAUACGGUCAACAUUUAUGUCAAUACUACUCUUGUCAUGUUCAACGAACGAGCAAAUAUCCCGAAAAAGGAGAAAAAGAUUGGUACAAUGUCAUUCCAACUUGCUACUUGCAACCAACUUUCUCUGCGGUUCUCUCCCAUUGAUUCACUAUCUCAACAAAUCACAACGCAAGAUUUGGAGGCAAGUGGCACCAGAUAAUCACCAUGCAGUCAAUCCUGAAACUGAAGUAUCGGGGGCUACAUUACAUACUAAGCCAAAGUUUGACUUGACGACUAACAGGCGAGGCAGUUGGAGAGGAGGACAUGCAGCCAAAGUUACUGUUUCCACAGGGACUUUGACAAAUUUCCCUUGCAGCGCUUUCUAUAUAUUCAGCAUGACGGUCGUUGCAACGAAUUGAUACCACCUUGGGAAUGGCCCACUACAUAAGAGGUAUAAAAGCUUUCGGAAGAACUUUCAAUUGCGAAAUGUAAGCCUGAUCCUACGAGUUCAGGAAAAUGGUAAGAAAACAACCUGCCAUAUGUGUUAUCGAGGAGAUAAAUGUACAAUUCAAUAUGUCGGCAAGUAACUCUGUAGUAGUAAAGCCAUAAGAAAUUUGACAGUGAUAAACCUG